AUGUGCUCGGGAGGCUUUGCCAAAUGUCUGGGAAUCAGUCUGAUGCCUCUGUCCAUUAUAUGUGUUCUGUGCAACAUCCUGCUCUUCUUCCCCGGAGGAAAGUCUGUGGAGAGCGAACACAUCACACAGCAGGUCUGGUACUUUGGAGGCAUUUUAGGAUCGGGAGUGCUGAUGAUCUUCCCAGCUCUGGUCUUCCUGGGUCUGAAGAACAAUGACUGCUGUGGUUGCUGUGGCAACGAAAGCUGCGGACGGAGAUUUGCAAUGCUCAGUUCUAUACUGUUUGCAGCCGUUGGUGUUGUCGGUGCUGGUUACUCGGUUAUUGUUUCGGCUGUGGCCAUCAACCAAGGACCUCGGUGUGUGGUUGACAAGACAAAAAACCUGUGGGAGUAUCCCUUCUCAAACGGAGACUACCUGUCCAACAAAACUGCCUGGGAUAUAUGCGAAGAGCCACCUAAUGUGGUGUCCUGGCAUCUGUCUCUGUUCUCCGUGCUGCUGGUCAUGGGUUUGAUCCAGAUGGCGCUGUGUGCGGUGCAGGUGGUGAACGGCCUGCUGGGAGCUCUGUGUGGCGACUGCUGUGGCUGCUGUGGAGGGAGUGACGGAGCUGUCUGAGCACCUCCU